UUUACGCCCUGGCCAUGGCUUAACUUGAUAUAUAAAUCCAGCUAGAAUGUAGAAUGGAAAGCUACUAUGCAGUUGGCGCAAGCAGGAGACAUUUUCUUGUUGUGCGGUAUUUGUCAUUCAGAACUACCAAAUAGAGGGCGUCGCGGCGAUCUUCUGUACGCGUGAUCGCGUAUUGUUUGAAUAUGGGGGCGGGAAUCAAGAUCGUGGAUUUUGAUGCGCGUGUCUGUACUUUAUUUGUUAUACGAAACAAACUUUUAUACCCCCUGUCUUGCCACCACAAGCUUAUGGUUACAUUUAUGCAAAGCCAUAACCUAUGCUUGUUGUGACGGGUGUUGGGGGCAUAAUAGCUUGCGCUGCAUACGUCUUUGUGACUUGUACCACCAGACGAGGAAGCAGCUUACACGACCUGUGCUUUCAUCUACUAUUGAGGUAGGAGGCAGCACUUGUGUCGCGGAAGUAUAGUUCUGUUGCAAAAUGAAUGUAUCGAUUUGUACACAUGCCUUUUGUUUGUGCACUCUGCAACAACGGGCGAAAUUUUGAUUCUCUGUUUCGUGCAGCAGAAAGGAAGGGAGAAGUUGUUGCCUGCAGCGGACGAAACUUGUUGGCCGCGCGUGGCCAAGCACUUGAUGUGCCAGAAUGGACUUAGUAGCUGCACGGCAAAGAUUUUUGGCUUUUUUGGUGUUCGUCGAUCCUCAGGUCGGUUGAGUAAACUUGUUUCAAGUUCCUGCAGGACUCCUUAGGCCGUUCUCCAGUGCCUAUCCCAGC